ACACUUCGGAGUCUGGACUGGAGUACUUAGUCUACCGAAGUCUCUUCCGCCAUUUUUCCUCUCUUAUUUUUUCUCCGCCACAGAAAUUCCUCUGUCUCUCUCCUCCCAAAAAUAUGUGAUUCUCAUUCAAUCUCUCAAACUUUCUUUUCCUGAAAAUCCAUGGAUAAAAACUCAAAUACCCACUAUUUUCUCUCUGCGUUUCAACAAUGGCGGUUGUUACUCCACUUCACUCAUCUCUCUUUCUCCCCACCACUACGACUUUCCUUCUUCCUACUAUUUCUUCUGCAGAUCGCCGCUUUUCUCUCUUUUUUAAGACAAAGAUAAAGGCACAAAUUACUCCUCAAAAGAGCAACAAUGGCGGCGCUGCUGUUGUUUGGUUCAAACACGAUCUUCGAAUUGACGAUCAUCCUGGCAUUGUUGCUGCUUCUAAACACUCCGUUGUUGUUCCUGUUUACGUCUUCGAUCACCGCAUUUUGUCUCGUUUUUCAAGUGAAAUGGUGGAACUUGUUCUUUUUGCUGUAGAAGAUCUAAGGAAAUCAUUGAAGGAGAAUGGAUCCAAUUUGAUGAUCAGAUUUGGAAAAGUGGAAAAUGUUUUACGUGAACUGGUGAAAGAGUUCAAAGCCACCACUUUAUAUGCGGAAGAAGAGAUAGAAUAUGAUAUGCAAUCUAUGAUUGCUACUGUUAAGGAUUUCUUAGCUGCAGAUCCUUUUCUAGAUUGGAAACCAGAAGUUGAGUUGUGGUGGACUUCACUUUAUGAUGUUAAGAACUUAGAUUACCUGCCUGCAUACUUUCGAGAUGUAAAGAAACCACAACAAGAUGAUGUUACAUUGCUUGGUAUCCCAUGCUUACCUACUUGCCCUGUGGGUUUUGACUGGGGUCAUCUCCCCACUAUUGAGGAUGUGGGUAAAUUCAUGGAUUCUCAUGUAAAUAGAGACAAAGAAGAAUGGUAUACUAUUAAAGACACUUCAGCAGAAGCUGCAUUAAGAAAAGAUCAUAUGAAGCUGUUUAAAUCAGGCAAUCCUAUGCUUGGGGAAUCAGGGUUAUCACAACUAAGGAGCAACAAACAAAAUGCCAAUGAAACUCAGAGGAAGAAACCAGAAAAUUCUGUUUUUAUUACAAGUAAAAGAAACAUUGUUGCUGGUGGAACUGAUGUUGUAUUGAAUGCAUUGGCUGCAUAUUUUAGAUAUCUAGAAGGAACUGCUCGAGAUGAUUGGCAAGAGGUUCACCAAAAACUACGAGAUGCUGAAAUUCGAGCUGGGGCUUCAUUUGGAACUCUUUUUGGAUUUUCUCUGCAACUUGGAAUCGUAUCAAGUAGGAGAGUAUUUUUUGAAGCUAUAAAAUAUGAGAAGGAAAGAAAUGCUGGGUUUUUAUCACCAUUUGGGUAUUCCACUGCAACAGUUGCAGCUGCCAUAAAUGCAGUAUGCUCAAGUGAGUGGUAUUGGCUGCAGAGUUUGAAAAGCCUAUAUAGGAAGGAAGAAUCAUACUCGAAGAGAUUUUGGAGAUGGAGUGGCCACCUUAUUCAGUACACAGUUGUUGGUUGCAAAGGGCCAGCUGUUGUUCUUGUCCAUGGAUUUGGGGCUUUCCUUGACCAUUAUCGUGAUAACUUGAGUAAUAUAGCUGAUGGUGGGAAUCGAGUUUGGGCUCUCACUCUUUUAGGCUUUGGUCAGUCUGAAAAACCAAACAUUAUUUACAGUGAACUCAUGUGGGCUGAAUUGCUGCGCGACUUCAUUGUUGAGGUUGUUGGGGAGCCAGUACAUCUUGUGGGGAACUCGAUAGGUGGUUACUUCAUUUCGAUUGUCGCUGGGCUUUGGCCUUUACUGGUCAAGUCUAUUGUCCUUAUGAACACUGCUGGAGAUGUUAUUCCAGGAUAUUCCUCUUUGCUAUUCUCCAAGGAAAGACGAAUUUCUGGGGCUGCUUGGUUGGGUUCAAGAGCACUUUUGCAAUACUUGAGGUUCAGUACAAGAAGCCUGGUUAAGAGCUGUUAUCCAUCUCGGCCAGAAAGGGCCGACAAUUGGCUUGUCAUGGAAAUGCUGAGAGCUUCAUAUGAUCCUGGUUCAGUGGAGGUUUUGGAGAGCAUUUUUAGCUUCAAUUUGUCCAUUCCACUAAAUCACCUUCUUAGCAGAUUGAAGGGGAAGGUUUUGAUUAUACAGGGGAUGAGAGAUCCAAUAGCUGAUUCUCGUUCCAAGCUUGCAAUGUUCAGGGAGCAUUGUGAAGGGAUCCAAAUCAAAGAACUUGAUGCCGGCCAUUGCCCCCAUGAUGAAUGUCCGGAAGAAGUCAACACUAUGAUCCGUGAAUGGAUAUUCACGACUGAGAACAUAAUUAUCGACGAGAGUUUGAAUUCAUCAAUCAGCUCGUCAUGCACAUAAAACAUUGAAGUAUAUUGUCGUUCAUACCAUUAGCCGUUAUACAUUUAUCUUGUUUCUACUUGGAAGAGAAGCUCAACAUUGAUUCAUGUAAAGUUUCAUGAUUUUGCCUCAUUCGUGCACAUUAGCUGGUAUGUCAGUUGAUGAUGUUAUACGAAGUAUAUGUAUAUUUUGUACGAGGUAAUUCUACGGUGAUUAGUUUUUAAAAAUAACUUACAAUUAUGUAAGUUAAAGUGUUGAUUAGUUUAUUAUAAAUUUAUUAUAUCUUUUAAUUUCAAUUAUGUAACUUACAAUUUUCGUGUUC